AUGCACCUGGUAUUUGUGAUCUUGUUUCUUCCAGCUGCACAAGCAAGUCCACUGCGCAUCCCCGGGCAAUGGAACUGUCGUGGUGCUUUGGAAUGGCCGACCAUGCAGCAGCUAAAACGACAGAUCGGCAUGCUGCUAAGAAGCACCAUUCUUCCAUCCAGGAUUCUUGGGGUCAGCAUGUCGGGAAGCUAUCUACUGUUGCUGAAUCAAAACGAAUGUCCUGCUGCAAGAUGGACUAUGGAGCUCCUGCUCGCAGAGCUAGGCAUGGCGCGACAGCAGGCAGACAGAUUUGGACGUGAUGACGAUCUCCCAUUCCUGACAUUUUUCGGUGGCGGAGACGGAGCCUCACUUUUUCAUGAACUCUUUUGGGGUGCCGGUCCAGCCUGGUCUUCUGUGAGUUUGGGUGGUUGGAGCACCUUUGCUUUGAUCGGAAGGCUGUCUCAGGCUUUCCAGGUCCAUCUGAUGGCUGGCCGCGGCCAGCAGGAAUUGCUUUCACUGCAAAAUACGACGCGACGACGUGCUGUUGUCGCGCAACUGCCAGAACUCCUCGCCCUCGCUCUUGCCAGAUUGCAAGCAACAAAUGUAUCCGGGUCGUGGGCAGUCCGUGCAGUAGCAGCUGCCGCAGUAGAAGAGUCGUUGCGCGGGUGGUCCAAAAGAGCUCUGUCGAACGGCCUGCCACCCGGGCAGGUCGCAGCAUCUUUGUUAGUCGACGCCCAGUCACCGGACCUGUGGAAUGCACUCGACAAGGUGCUGCUGCCGGACUUCGUGCAGAUUUGCCUCCCUGCGACGCUCGGCUUGGAAUCUUCUGAAGUGUUCCGUCAGUGCUUGGCAAGGCAUUGCACUAAGCAUUGGGGGCCGGACGAAGCUGGUGCAGCCGCUCGUGCCAACCGAAGCUCUGCGACAGGCUUGACCAUGUUUCACAUUGGAUCGGAUCGAGAUGUCAUGAGCGACAGCAUCCGCAGCGGGUGUUUUGCCCGAUGCUCCAAUUCUGUGAUUGACCUUCUCAACAGGGUAUCAGAAGUCCUGGUGGACCUUCCUGCGACAACUUUUACCUACGUGGAUGCUGGGGCAGCCAUGGGGGAGUGCAUGCUGUCGGCAGCCUUCCUCUUGCCGGACGGUCGCUUGCGGGGUUUAGCAUUCGAGGCACUGCCCAAGUGGGCGAAGCGCAUGAGGCAGAGCCUGCGUCUCAAUGGCGUUUCAUUUUCAGGGAAUGGCACACAGGUGGAGGUCAAGACACUGGCUCUUGGCCAGUCGGGGAGGAAGCUGCUUGGAUCCGUGGAUGGUGGAGGCUUCUACGCCAAGGUUACUCACAAGGGCGGCGGAAUCUUCAUGGUGAAAACUUCCUCUUUGGAUGACGAAAUCACGGCAAACAUGCAGUUCAGAAAUGAAGCUUACAGAAUUGAUUUUCUGCACAUCUUCGCAAACCAUUGUGAGCCGGAUAUACUAAAGGGCGCCAGGCAACUCCUGCUUGAGCGCCGUGUGGGCUGUGUGCUUGCGCAAGCACAUGACCUUGGGUCUUUGAACACUGAAAUCGGCGGAGUUCUUCGAAGGAGUGGCUACGCUGUCAUGAACCAGACUUCAUAUGUGGCGGGCAGCCCUGCAGAUGCCGUCUCACUUUCAGGUGGCGAGGUUUGUGACCAACGCUUCUUCCGCUGGUGGCUGCACGGAAAACAUGACAAUGAAGUGGCUGCCAGGGAGAGCCUCGAAAACGACGGAAACAGCACAGAUUCAGCAAACCCUUCGAGAUUGUUGCUGCCGGCCGAUCUUGUUCUUUUUUGCUUCUUUCGUUUGUAG